ACUCGUUCUUCUAAUUUUAUUUGCUUCUUAUAAACUCACCGCCCUUGCUCAUUCUUCCUCUCUCUUCCUUCAACACUUCCGCACGUCUUACAUACAUUUUCUCUCCCCUCUCAAUUUUCAACCUAAAUCAACUUCAUUAAUUAUUCUCUAAACCUAGAGAAAUUAAUUUGAUUGCAUAUUGUUUUUGUUGUUGCUCAUUCUUCUUCAAACUUCAAAUUCGACGUUUGAAGUUCCUGUUAAGUCGUCCGAUCAUCGAAUUAUUUUUCAAGGUUCUAGAUCAUAUCUGGCAAAGUGGCAACUGGUAAGGACUCUAACGAGAUGAAUGAUCAACGAGUCUACCCAGGCGAAUCUCCACCGGAAUCUGGCGAGCACUCGAAUGCUAAGCUGAUGGCGAACUCACCUUCACCGCCAGUCUCCGGUGAACACCACGGCCGAAACAUGAGUCAAGAAUCCUUCGCCUCCUCUAAGAUGAGCUAUGGCUAUGGUUAUGCGCCGCCCAACCCUGGAACUUACGUUGUGCAAAUUCCCAAAGACCAAGUAUACCGGGUUCCACCACCUGAAAAUGCCCACAAGUUCAAGCUGUACACCAAAAGGAAGGCUGGACGAGGGGGAUGCAGAGGUUGUAUUUGCUCCAUCCUCGCCGGAAUACUCAUCAUUAUCGCUCUACUCGCCGUCACCACCGCUGUUCUAUACCUCGUCUACAAACCCAAGGCUCCUACCUACUCCAUUGAGAGUGUGCACGUUAGAGGGGUCAAUCUCUCAAGAACUGCUACCACCACCACCAUGACUCCUGUUUUUAACGUUACGUUGAAAUCCGAGAAUAAAAACGGUAAAAUCGGGAUUUACUACGAGCAAGGGAGCUUGAUCAAGAUAUACCACGACGGGGUUAAUCUAUGUAACGGUAAAUUACCGGCGUUUUACCAGCCGCCUAAAUCUUCAACGGUUUUUUCAACCAAGUUAAGUGGGGCCGGGAUCGUGUUGUCCAAGUCAGCACGUGAUAAGCUGCUCACGGAACAAAAGAACGGCGAGGUGCCGUUAGAGAUUCACGUUAAGGUGCCCGUUAAGAUCAAGAUCGGGUCGGUUAAGACAUGGACCAUUUCCGUUGAGGUUUCUUGUGGUGUAACAGUAAACGCGUUAACAACGAAUGCCAAGGUUGUAUCUAAGAAGUGUAAAGUUCACACCAAGCCAUGGUAAUAUGUGGGUGGGACCCCUAUUGACAUGAAUUCUUUUCAAGGCGUAAUUGGUGGUUGGUGGGACCCAAUCGAAAUUGACAAGAAAAGGAGGAUUAAUUAUAUGGGAUAAUCUUUUUCUUAAUCCUACCUUGUUUUAUUUUAUUUUUUUAUUAACAAGAUUUUUUGGGGAAACUUUGUUGUUAAAUAUUUGAUGUUGAUACUAAAUUACUAAUAAGUUUAUGCAUUAUAGAAUUGAGGAGGGGUGUUUUCCGAUAACGAUGGACAACAUGAAAGGUGCGAAAAAAAAUAGUAGAGUUAUACAAAUUUGACAUGAUAUAUGUAUAUUAAUUUAUACAAUAAAUGAUGAAAAUGUCAUGCAAUUCUUUUUUCA